UGCUUGGCGCAUGAAAACAACACAAGGAUGAAGGUGGUGGCGCUCGUGAGCGGCGGCAAGGACAGCAUCUACUCGAUGAUGAAGUGCGUGUCGUAUGGCCAUGAGAUCGUGUGCUUGGCAACGUUACAGCCUCCGCAUGCGAAUGAAGAAGUCGACUCGUUCAUGUUCCAGAGCAUUGGCACCCACAUCGUUGAGCACAUUGCAACGUGCAUGGACGUGCCGUGGGUUUCGCACACGCUUGAAGGCAAGUCUGUGUCGACCGAGAUGGGGUACGACACGACAGAAGGCGACGAGGUCGAGGACCUCCUUUUGUUGCUGCAGCAAGUCCAACAAAAGUUUCCCGACGUGGACGCCGUGUCGAGUGGCGCCAUCUUCUCCAACUACCAACGCACUCGUGUUGAGCAUGUCUGUGCACGGUUGAACUUGACGUCGUUGGCAUACCUGUGGCGCCGCGAUCAAGCGGACCUCAUGCACGAAAUGAUUGAGCACGACGUGCAUUCGAUCUUGGUCAAAGUGGCGUCGAUGGGGCUGAGUCCCAAGAAGCAUCUUGGGAAGAGUCUGGCCGACAUGCACUCGACGUUUCUCGACCUGCAUGACAAGUACCAGUUCCAUAUCUGUGGCGAAGGCGGCGAAUACGAAACGCUGACCCUGGAUUGCCCGCUCUACAAGAAGCGCCUCGUCAUCGAUCAAGCCCACAUCCACGUCCACUCGGACGAUAUGUUUGCUCCAGUCGGGCUGUAUUGUAUCGACGCGGUCCAUCUCGAAGACAAACACGGCGUUGGCCGCCCCGCGGACACUGGCGUCGCACGCUCGUCGCUGCCGCCGGCAUUUCUUGCUUCGACCCACCCCCCGAGGUCGACUCCGUGUCCCACCAUCAAAUCGCAUCGCUUCCGAGACCAAGUCGUGGUGUCUGGCCUCGCUUCGUCGACCUCUGCGUUAUCGCUUUCGGACAAAGUCCUCGACGUGUUUCGCCAGCUCGAACACGCUCUGGCACUGCACGCCAUGCAUUUGAAAGACGUCGUGUUUGUUCAUGCAUACGUCAAGGACAUGGCGACGUUUCGCGACGUGAAUGCCGCGUUUGCCGCGAAUUUUCCAACGAUGCCGCCCUCGCGGAGCUGCGUGCAGGUCCAUUUGGCCGACGACGUUGUUCUCGACUGCUGGGCGUCGCGAGCCAAGCGAGAGUUGCUGCAUGUUCGCAGCAUCUCGGAAUGGGCGCCAACCUGCAUUGGUCCGUACAGCCAGGCGAACCAGCUGCACUCGUCGCUAAUCGUCGUGGCGGGGCAGAUUCCCCUCGUGCCAGCCACCAUGGCACUCUCCGCCGUCCCGAACGACCUCUCGUUGUGUGUGGCGAAUGUGCUGGCCGUGCUGGAAGCGUUCGAGUCCAACCUGCGCCAUAUCGUGAUAACCCUAGUGUACAAAGCGACGGAACCGUCGGGACAUGCCGAAUAUGACGCCGUUCGGUCCAUGCUCGCGGGGAAUUUGCACCGCCGCGACGAGUUCGAAGCCGAAGGAGACAGCGACGAGAGCGACGACGAAGUCGACAAAGUCGACGCCAAGCUCACUUUGUCGAGGGUGUCCCCGAUAUGCGUGGUGACGGUCCCGGCGCUGCCGAAAGGAGCACCGGUGGAAGUGGAAGCGGUCGCGAUGGCCCACAAAGCGCUUCGUCUGUUCGAUCCGAAGGGAUACCACCAACGUCAGGAGAUGCUCCUUCUUCGACCGCGUUGCUGAGAGAAGCAUAGGUGACGACCAAGGAGGUCAUAGCGACUGGACGAUUGUCCCGCGCAUGCUGUGCAUGGGCUUUGUGUAUGGGCCCGUGGGGGACGACGUUGGUUGGGACGUUCGUCGCCACGUCAUGCGUGUUUUGGAAUAUGCCAACAUGGCGUGGCACAGCAUCCUCCACAUGCGAGUGCAUUACACCGGCGCGACUGCACCACGACUGGCCACGUGCGACGUCCCGAUCACGUUUGUGCCUGUCGAGCACAUCGCCGCUCCGUCGUCGUCGCCGCCGCCAACUCUUGCGAUUCAAGUCACAGCGUACAACGGGGAGCUCAUGGAGACCGACCUGUGGCUCGCCAAGCAAAUCUAACUCACGAUUUCACAAUGUUCAAAUGUCGCCCCCUGCGUACCUGUAUAAUCGAAUACCUAGACCCGCCUG